GGCAUCUUCUUUCCUUUACCCAUCAUAUUGUCAUUUCUUGUGUUAAAGUUUUGAUUCCUUGCAAAGAAGGGAAGUUUUUAGAGUAUUUUUACUCUAAAAAACAUAGCUAGGUUGUGUGUUUCCAUUGGUGCAAUAUAUAAAAUCUCCCCCUCCUUCUCUUCUUCUUCUUCCACACAUCAAAGAAAAAAGCUCUUUCUUUUGGUGAUCAAUAAUUUGAGGGCCAACAACAACUGACAUUUCUGGUCUCACAGCUUCAACAACUUGGAGUUUUUGGUAAUUUUCAAAUAAUAUAAUCUUGGAUGAUCCAUAAAGGCAUAUCUCUUGGAAGAGUCUGAUUUUUGAAGGAUUGAUUGAUAAAAUGGAGCAAAAAUGAUGAACAUAUCAUGAUAUAUAUAUGAAAUUAUAUAUAAAGAUAUGUUGAGGAAUAAUUCUUCAAAAGAAAAGGGGUGUGAAGCAAAAGAAGAAGGAAUUAGAAGUAGUAAUAAUAAUGAUGAUGGAAAAUAUAGUUUUUCUAAGGCUGCAAGUACAAGUUCAAGACAAUGGUCAGGAUUUAGAAAUCCAAGAAUUGUUAGAGUUUCUCGUUCAUUUGGAGGCAAAGAUAGGCACAGCAAAGUUUGUACAAUUAGAGGUUUGAGAGAUAGAAGGAUUAGACUUUCAGUUCCAACUGCAAUUCAACUCUAUGAUCUUCAAGACAAGCUCAAACUUGGCCAACCAAGUAAGGUCAUUGAUUGGCUUCUCGACGUUACCAAACUCGACAUCGACAACCUCCCUCCCCUCCAAAUCCCGCCCGGUUUCUCUCCGUUCCACCAACAAAUGCUCUUCCCUCAAUAUGAUCCUCAUCAUCAUUAUUAUUCCACUUCUUCUUCUUCUUCCCGACUUUGUAAUUCUCUCCCUCCUCCUCCUCCUCCUCCCUCCUUUGCGCUUGACGUAAAGGGAAUUGAUGCGUAUCAGACGACAAUGACGGUCGAAAAAACGAAACUUUGGGAUGUGGAUUUAGGACUACAAGAAAAAGCAGCAGCAGCCACAACAGCAACAACGAAAGGGAAGUGGAUUGAUGGAAGUAAUACUACUAAUAGUCAACAAGUAGAAGAUUACAAUGAGCAAAUUUCAUCUCAAAAGCUCUUAUCAAUGGCCAUUUGUUCUUCAAAUUUACCCAAUAUGAUGAACAAUAAUUCCACUCCUUACAAUAAUUACAACUCUUGUUUAUCACUUUCACAAUUUGGGAACAACAACAAUGAUGAUAAUGGAAAUUUUCCAUCACAAUUAGUUGAGGCUGCAGCUCAAACAAGUACUUCAUCAUCUUCUAAUUCUUCACUAUUCUUCACUCCUUAUGCUUCAUAUAUUACCAAUCCCUUUGAAAGCCAUAUCCAUUUCUUGAGCUCAAAUUCCCAUGUUAAUUUGUCCAAUCCCUUCAUGCCUAAUUCAUCUCUCCACCCUUUUGCCUCACAAAACUUGAAACCUUUUCCACCUCCAAGUUUCAAUCUCAAGCAACUUCUUCAUGCAGCUGACAACAAUCCUGGGGGCAGCCGUGCCGGUGCAAGCUCCUCCGCGAAAGAUGGGGCGGCCGAGAACUCGUAGAGGAUGGAACCAAGAAGGUUCUUUAUCUAUAAAAAAGUUAAGGUUUCAAAGUUUUCUCUCUAAAUCCUUUCGGAUUUUCUUCAGAAUAUACAAGUUAAAUGUUAGAUGAAAACUCUCUUUGAAGAGAGAUUGUAGAAAAGUGAACUUGUAAUUUUGAUAAUUGUUUGAAAGCUUUUGAUUUAUAUAUAUAUAUGUUGGAGAAUUAGACAUUUGAUAUUUUUUAAUACAUCAGUUGUAAUAUAUCUAUACAUUUUGGUUUGAAUGAAUCAGUGUAUCCAAGUUUUUGUUGA